CACAUUCGCUCUCAAUCUAUCAAAAACAGUUUACACCUGCUUCUAGACUUUAAUCACUUGGGCCCUCCACUGCCUCUAUCUAAAAUUACUCCAUAAAUUCACCCUUCUCUUCAUCUUUCUUUCUUCAUUCAACUCAACUCCACUCCAAACAAAACAAAAAAAAACACCACAAUCCAACUAUUUUUUGUUUUUUAAAAUAAAUGAAGCUGCAAUUUUUAUUCAAAGGCUUCAAAAUUAUGUCACCCAAAUACUCUCUUGUAAAAGCAGGGGUGCUAUACAAUGUAGCAAUUUGGGUGCUUUUGAUGAGCGCAAUAAGAGGAAGUGAGGGCAAAUUGGUAAAAAGACAUCCAACAAUAUCAUACAGAGCAGUAAACUGCAGAAAACACAGUGCAUUUAUAACUGAAUUUGGUGCCAAAGGAGAUGGAAAGACUCUGAAUACCAAAUCAUUUAAAUCAGCAAUUAAACAUCUUUCCAAAUUUGCCCCUGAUGGUGGAGCCCAAUUGAUCAUCCCUCCUGGAAGAUGGUUAACUGGCAGUUUCUCUCUUAUCAGCCAUUUUACUCUUUACCUUCACAAAGAUGCUGUUGUACUUGCUUCUCAGGAUGAGAAGGACUGGCCGAUACUUCCACCAUUGCCAUCUUAUGGUAAAGGAAGAGACGCCCCUGCUGGUCGUUAUCAAGGUCUUAUCUCAGGAACCAACCUUACCGAUGUAGUUAUUACAGGCGCGAAUGGAACAAUUGACGGGCAAGGUGAAGCAUGGUGGACGAAAUUUAGGAGCAACAAGCUAACGGAGACAAGGCCUCACAUGAUAGAACUCAUGUACUCUAAUGGAGUCCAAAUCUCUGAUAUCACCUUGCUCAACGCUCCGUUUUGGAACGUUCACCCUGUUUAUUGCAGAGAUGUGAUUAUUAGUGGAUUGACCAUCCUUGCACCAACUCAUUCUCCUAACACUGAUGGUAUUGAUCCAGAUUCUUGUUCUAAUGUAAGAAUAGAGAACAACUACAUAGUCUCAGGAGAUGAUUGCAUUGCAAUCAAAAGUGGGUGGGAUGAGUAUGGAAACCGGUUCAACAUGCCAACGCAACACGUUAUCAUCCGCUACCUCACGUGCAUUUCUCCAACGAGCGCCACCAUUGCACUCGGGAGUGAGAUGUCGGGUGGGAUCCGCAAUGUACGAGCUGAGCACAUCACUGCCAUAGACACCGAGUCAGGGAUCCGAAUCAAGAGCUCCCCGGGCCGGGGAGCCUUUGUCAAGGACAUCUUUGUAAGGAAAAUGACAAUGAAGACCAUGAAAUAUGUUUUUUGGAUGACAGGGUAUUAUGGGGCGCACCCUGACCCUUAUUUCAACCCGCGGGCGCUACCUACCAUCAAGAAUAUUAACUAUAUGGAUAUGGUAGCAGAGAAUGUGAGCAUGCCAGGAUAUAUGGAAGGGAUUAAGGGGGAUGUUUUUAAGGGGAUAUGUAUGUCAAAUGUUACAAUUGGUUUGGCCUCAAAACCUAUGGAAAUGUUGUGGAAUUGUACUAAUGUUGAAGGGGUUACGAAUCGGGUUAUGCCUCGGCCUUGCGGGUUGUUAAGGGAGGAUAAGAAGGUUGUGGAGUGCCCUUUCCCUGAGGAUAGGUUGCCAAUUGAAGAGGUGGAGCUCAAAAAUUGUGUAGCACCUCUCGCGGUUUAAGUUAUGUAAGGUUUGCUCUGUGUUUGGUUAUUUGGUAUUAUGUAACACUAGUAUGUGAACUUUACAUGUAAUGCCUAUUUAUGUAUAAUUAGUUAAAUUACAACUCUUGAUCAUAAUGAAGACUUUGCGUUUAUAUGACUGUUUUUAAAUA